AAUCUCACUCUUUUACCACAUCCGCGCCCAACACAAACAGUCCUCCCUCUCUUUCUCUCUCACUCAUGCUCACAACCCUUAAUCUUCUCUUCUCUGCAAAUCUAGGGUUUCGAUCUCCUUUUCUUUUGCGACUACGAGUACUUCUGCUGCUUCAUUAAUGGAGUUUGGAGGUGAUAGAAAAAGAGGAAGGCCACAUGGCCCUAUUAAUGGCAAUGGUACUUUUAAGAAAUCUAAGCAAGAACUGGAGUCAAUUCCAACUGGUAUAGGAAGCAAAUUGAAGCCGUGCACAAAGUUUUUCAGUACUUCGGGAUGCCCAUUUGGGGAAGGAUGCCACUUCUUGCAUUAUGUGCCUGGAGGCCUUAAAGCUGUAACUCAAUUGCUUGGCAGCAACCCAGCUCUUCCAGCAGCUUCUAGAAAUUCAAUAGCUCCACUGUCUUUCCCUGAUGGAUCAUCUCCUCCAGCUGUUAAGACUCGUCUCUGCAACAAAUUCAACACUGCUGAAGGUUGCAAAUUUGGUGACAAAUGUAAUUUUGCCCAUGGUGAGUGGGAGCUCGGCAAGCCAAUGGCUCCAUUGCAUGAGGAGUCCCGUGGUAUGUUCCAGACUCAUGGAAGGUAUGGUAGUCGACCAGAGACUACUCCUGCAGGCUUUGGAGCAGCUGCCAGCUUUGGGUCUUCUGCGACUGCUAAGAUCAGUGUAGAUGCCUCUCUUGCCGGACCUAUUAUUGGAAAGGGUGGUGUCAACUCAAAGCAAAUAAGCCGUGUGACUGGAGUCAAAUUUUCCAUUAGGGAUCAUGAGUCGGAUCCUAACUUGAGGAAUAUUGAACUUGAAGGUACAAUUGAUCAGAUUGGACAAGCCAGUCAAAUGGUUCGUGAGCUUAUUCAGAGCGUUACAGCAAAAUCUGCGGCACCCCUGAUGAAGAAUCCCAGCUCCACUGCAACAAGCAACUUUAAAACAAAAAUUUGUGAGAACUUUGCUAAAGGGUCGUGCACUUUUGGAGAAAGGUGCCACUUUGCACAUGGAGCAGAAGAAUUGCGUAGAUCAGGUCCAUGAGCUUUGCAGUAUUUACCAUUAGGGGGUAUUAUCUUUUUGGCUGUUAUCUGUUUUUAUCUGGGUUUGUGAAAAUACUACAUAGGUGUUUUUUGCCAUUUGGCGUCUCUUGGUUUAUGAGGCUUGUAGUUAGAUCUUUAAUGUGCUGCUUUCUCAUGACUUCGUUGCGUUUAUCUGUUUGCUGUUCUUUUAAUCAUAACCUAGUUACUGUUAUUGAUAUGGAAUUGUAGUAUGUUUUGCUGGAA